AUGACAACAUUUUCAGCUUUCUCAAGAUGCGACCUCACCUACAACCCAUUGAGUGAAUUGUAUAUACAAUUUCAUCGGAACCUCAAUGCUAACCUAAAAUGGGACCCGUCUCUUCAACAUGAAGCUUGUCGUGAACUGAUGGAACCAGGAUACUCUACGGCACCUUACAAGUUCAGAGGAGAAAAGGCGAUGAAGGCUGGCGCACCACUGAGCACCAAUGUGAGAAGAGCUCUGGUUGCUGGCUUGAGAAAUGACGCACAAAAGCACAAUGUGCAACUUCUUCCUCCAGGCUCUGAAUUCGGAUGUACCAGCUUGGAAAAAGGUGGAGUCAUGCACGCCUUGUGCGUUUACUGGACUCCUGUGGACUGA